AUGGGGAGAGAACCUGUGGACAAACACAUGGAUAAGAAGUCAAACAGUUUCACAGAAAGCUCGGAUGAUAAGAAAGUCCAAGGUCCUUCCACUAUUGAGGCUGCAGAGGUGAAGGAAUGCACUGAGGUUGCCAGUGAUGCUCAUAGGAGGCAACAAGGGAUAAAUGAUACACCUCGAUCCCUUACUUCUUCUGACAGUAAGAAGAAACUAAACUCAUCCUCUCGUGGUAGCAGGAACCACACUGUUCCAAAGCCAUUUUCUCUUUCGGCCGAAAAGCCCCCUUCCUCAGUCUCCGGAAAUGCUGCUAGCCACAACUCGUCUUCCGCGUCCAGAGCUUCACAGCUAAAUUCCCCUCUACCAGCUAGGAAGACAACCGAUCACGAGAAGCACCAUUAUGACGAAGAUAGUUUUUCUGUUGCUUCCUCAUCUGCGACAUCGAUAAGAACUAUUAAACCCAAGAUAACAGUUGGAGUUGCUCCAACGUUUAGGAGCACAGCGCGGUUGGAGAGGCGGAAAGAGGAAGAGCAAGAACUAGUCACCAAGCAACUCCGGAAGAACAUGGCUUACAAAGCUAAUCCGGUGCCAAAUUUUUACUACGAGGCUCCUCCACCGAAACUUCCAUUGAAAAAGUUUCCACUGACCCGGCCCAAGUCACCAAACCUUAACCGUAGAAAGAGCUGCAGCGACUCAUCAUAUCAGGAGGUGAAGGGUAAGCAUGGUGUUGGACAUCGCCACAGUGUAGACGGUUGCAAGGAAGAACCGAAAGCAAACAAUGGCCCGAGGACUCCAAACAUGAGAAAGUCCUCAAAGGAAACAUCAAAGUCUGAACAAGUGUAUGGAAAGAACAAGAGUGGGCAUGAAAAUGAGAAUGGCAUUGAUCUUGUGGAGUGA